AUGAGUGUUCAAGACAGCAGUUAUAGCGGCUUCUUAUCGCUACCAACGGAGAUACGAUGCCAAAUCUACGAUUACCUCCUCUCCGAGGCACACGCGAUUACGAUUAGUGCUGGCUACACUACAUGCUUUGGCAGCAGGAUACGAGAUCGCGCUCGCAAAACCGAAAUCCCCGGCCUACCGUUGGAUCUCGCGCCGUUGGCACGACGCCAUCAUGAUGCGGCUCUCCUCUCGGUCGCGAAACCACCAACGAUUCCUAUUGACAACGGACAUGUGCAAGACAUUGAGGGCGAGAAACUAGGUUUUCCCGCUCAGGUGGCAUUGUCAUUGACUUCUCGAACGAUCAAUGACGAACUAAAUGAUUGUAUACGGAGGAGAAGACAUAUCGCGCAGGCGCGUUCUACCAUUGACGCCGAUGGUGUCGUUCAAGAUGACGGCGAAGACAAGGAAGGAUUGUCACUUUACGUAUCCUAUCCAUAUGGUGUCCUGGUGUUGAAGCAUCAAUAUCCAUACCUGUUGAAACAAGCGCGAAGGGUAUAUAUCUCCGGGUACUACACUCCCCGCCAGGAAAACUGGCUUGAUCCUUCCGAUCUAGAAACAAGCGACGACGAACGCUUGACGCCAUCGAGCAGUUUCGCAGCACCAUCGUUCAACGUUCCAGCAUCAGGGCCAACAACAAGCUUCACACGCUCCUCCAGUAACUCUUCGAGACGAACAGCGCACCACGGCGUAUCGGUCAACUCCUCGCGUCCCCGCCUCCGCCUCGACCCUCCACUUUCCCGCGAAACCCGACACGCGAACAGCGUACCUAGGACUUUCCCACCCUUUUCCACGUCCACAGCGACCGAAGCCCCCGCGGCCCUCGCCCAUCUCAUCUCCACACUCUUCCCGAAACACACAACCCCCCUCACAAAGCUUACAACACACAUCCUCUUUCCCGGCGAAAACUCCUAUGGCACCGUCUGGGGCGACGACAACAGCCCCGUCUCACACAUCCUACGCAGCAUCUGCGGCGGGAAAAUCGCGAUGAGAGUCAUGAGGGGUAGCCUAGGGACAGGACUCAAGCUGACGGCAAGACCGAAACCGGAAACCAGGAUUGUGAGCACAAGUUGGGUGAACUGGAAGAACGGCGAUGUUGGAGGGAGAGUUGGAGCGGGAUCUGUGAGGCGGGCGGGUGGUAGACUGGGUGUGAGCGAUUUGGAUGCGUUCUUAAUGGGCGAGGAGGAGUCUUAG